GAUCUUCCGACCAUCGACGAUGUGGCAGUGUCACCUGGACGGUCGUUCCUGUCGAAAAGCACGAGGUUGCCGCCCGAUCUCCUCGACGAGUCGGACGAGGCGGUGAACGCUUGCCGCAACGCAGAACAACGCGCACACGAUGUCAAUGUUUCGGGACUGGCCCCAGAGUCGGAACUCUCGGUGGGUCUCCUGUCGGUGAUCAGUAUAAAUGCGAGGGAGUACGGUGGGUGUAGACCAGACUUGACGACCUCGUCUUUCGUCUAUACCUUCCACCACGCCCAAACCUCCUACCUUCCUCCCUAUCCAAGUUCGCCACCUAAUCAUGAAGUUCUCCCUCUUCGCCACCUCUCUCUUCGCCUCUGUCGCCCUCGCCGUCCCCUCACCCAGGGCCGAUGGAUGCUCUGCCAAUGGCGGCGCCUGCUAUUCUGCCACCCAUGGGUUCUCGUACCCCGACAAGGAGCAGUACCAGCGUAACCUUAUGGACGCAUGCACCGGCAAUGAAGCUGCCGUCAACGGCACUGGCAACCUUUGGGGCAACAAGGCCUGUGUCGCCGUAGCUGCUAGCUCCAACAAGAUCUGGCCCGAGACCGUCCAAGGCCUCGCUGCAUGCAAGAACAUGGACAUCGCCUGCCAGAACGAGCAGCCCAGCCUUGACUACAACAUCUACGCCGGCAUCGUCGGUGACUGCGCCUGGGAGCCGAACGGCUGCCCCAUCACGCAGCAGAACUACAUUGACUUCAUCUACGGCACAUUGAGCGACAUCGGUUCUGCUGACUGGCCGAGCAGCGUCGACACCCUGCUCUCCACCGGCUGGCAGCCGAUCCUCGACUGGGCCAAAACUGGCGACACCAUCCCCUACACGAACUUCAACGACUUCCUUCACUACGCGUAACGCACGAAGUGACGAACUGGCUCAUGGACUAUAGCAUACCCUAUCAACGAACGCAUAAUGUGAAUUCUCGAUGGACUUCGUAGCUUUGUACUUGGGUGCAGUAAUGGUACUACGCAAGCAAUGGCAAACUGAGCGAGUUACUGGCUCUGGAUUCCCCU